AGACGCCGCCGCGGGCGGACGUGUGACCGUGAUUUAUAUUUUUUUUCGUAAAAAUUUUAGAAAUCGUGCUGGUGAUGUGUUAACUUCUGUGUUGCGGUUUUGUGUUUGGUAUUUUUGGCGGCUUCAUGUGUUGUGAUGUUCUUGAUGUAGUCUGAAGUGAUUGUUAGGAGAAAUAAACUUAUAACCACUAAGAAGACUGCGUAUGGCCGAAAGGAACGACGAGAGUCCAAGUAAGGCGUCUUACGCUUUUUGGACUUUACAAAAUGUUUGGAGAAAUCUCAGCUACAAAAAUAACGGCCUAAAUGGAGUACUAACUGAAGCUAAUAAAGCACAAAAUGCUAAAGCAAAAGAAAAUAGUAUUGAAGCAUCAAAUAGGUUCGUGCAAGGCAAUGAACGUCUUAUAGCGCCUGAUACAGAAAUAGAAGAGAAUGAAGAGGAAAUCCGUAAAAACGUAUGGAUUGACGUUGACGACGAACUUUACAUAGCAAAUUUGUUAAAAGAAAGAACUACAAAUGAAGUGAAACGCGAGAAACGUGAUAUUAGUGAUAGUGUUAGUGAGGUUGUGAGUAGUGUUAAGUUAGAUAACGAGAUGUGGGAGUUAGAGCCCACGGAUUUGACGGAGUGUGACUGUUUGGGACCCCCACCUGAGUUCCUAUUGCCGCCGCCUCCGCGACCCCCGUUCCUGCAAACUGAAUAUUACUGCGGGGAUGAGCCCAUACCAGAUUUGGAGACUUGCGAUACGGAACCAAAGAUAGACGCGUACAACCACAGCGGGCCGUCGCUCCAGACCUCAGCAGUCAUCGGACUCUGCUCCAUUGUGUUAAUCGUCGGCAUUCUCAUCGGAGCUAUUCUUGUUUGGAAACAUAAAAGAAAAGUCACGAACCUGCUACCCUCGAAGUCGUCAGCACCAACGCAAAGCACCGGUUCCCAAAGACGGGCACCGCCACCAGCUCCUCUGUAUGAGGAUCUGCAGGAUCUGCCCAGAAGACCUCCACUGCCACAUAGACCUGACUUGGAACCUCAGCUGGAGAUGGUCGAAACUAAAAGGCCGGGCUACCCAGGAAGAGUAUUCGUCUGUGGCUCUGGCACUUGGCGAGGAGGCAGCACCUGUGGCGGGGACACCUGUGGAGCUCCUCUUUAUGAAGAGCUUCCCCAUCGAUCAGAUGAUUCCCUACACAGUGACGAUCACUUUGCAGAAGAUGAGCUCAGUCUUGUUGGAGAAGCAGCGCCGUGCAGAACAUGUUCCAGGCCACCAGCUCCACAAUCUCUACCACAUCGUCCGAGACAGCAGCGUUUAGAUCGACGGCCAAAAUCUUUAGACAGAAGGCGGCAACAGCAUCGAAUGCCUCGUCAUAUACAUCCCCCGGACCCUUCAGAAUUCCAUGAAGGAGUGUUACUUGAUGCUUUAUUGAGAUUAUAUCCCCAAGUUGGGACAGUUGGAGCGAGACCACAGGGUCCUAUUCCUGCUGGGGCAGGAGGAGCUUGGCCUGGAGGAGAAUUGCCGGGAAUCGGCUGCUGGAGAGGUCCAAGAGCGUCUCCCAAACCCCCUAGUGGUGACUCAUCAUUUGGAUCAGAUUCAGGAUAUAGCAACAAUACAUGUGGAACGUGUGGCACCAGGGCAUCAUCAAGACACAGGCUGUCGGCAGAAAUCCCAAUGUCAUGAAUGAUGUGAAGUGUAUGGAUUUAAGUGUGAAAAUGGUCACGUGCCAUAAUGUUUCUUUGAGUAAGAAUGAACGUUUGCCGUGAAAUAGAAAUAGCAUAUUCAAAUUCAAUAGUUAUCUUUCACAUUCGGCCUAAUGUGCUGAUAUUCAGCUAUUGGCAUCAACUUCAUAUGCCUAACAACAUAUGCCUUCUAUAGAAUUGUGUUAAAAUUUAAAGGAAAUUCGUAGGGACGUUCCUACAAACCAUGUACAAAGUUUUAAUAAGUAGCUCUGUCCCCUUCUAGUUUAGUCACGGUAUUUUGAGAAAUGGUUUCUAAAUAGCUAUAGCAACCGAUAUUGUACAAAACUCAUGUGACCAUAUUUUUAAGUAGAUUUAGUAAUUUUUGUCCUAGCAAGUUAUUUCGAACUAGUCCUAAAAUUAUCACAAUUACGAAGUUAUCAAAUUUAAAAGUUAUCACGAUUAAUUUCUAUGUAAAAAUAAGUAUACAUUGAAAUGUUGUAAAUCAAUUCAGAUUUUGUAGAUAUUGUACAAAAGUUUUUAGGUAAACGAAUUACUUAAAUUAGUAAGUUGAAUUUUAUAAUCAUAUCACAUUAAAAUAUUCUACAUUAAAAUUUAAAUAACAAAAAGGUUACUUUCAAAAUCCUUCCAUUAAUGAACUCGCAUCAUUUUAAUUAUUCUACUGGUGCUAAUUUAACUUAUGAAGCUCCAACAAUUAUAACUUUACUUGCCUGUAUAACCCUUUCAUGGGCAGUACUUAAAUUACCUCACACAAAAAUUUCAGAAUUUUUCUUGCCGUAGUGCUCAUAUUGUUUCAAUAUAAAAUAUUCAAUGUAUGUAAAUCGUUAAAUUUGGUCAGUUCGUUGUUGAUACUUCUCCAUAGAGAAACUGUAGGCGGCAACUACUCAGAAAGUUAUAUACAUUUUAAGUGUCCAUACAACCUCAAAUGGCUUUGGUUGAUUACGCGUAACAGUGAAAGUGUUAAAUGAAAUACUUUGGAAAACUUUACAUACG